UCAUUAUCAAAAUGUCAUUUCUGUCAGUAUCAACCAGAAUUUUCAUGAUUGAAUGAAGUCGAAUCAAAAUAUAUAUUAUUCAUAAUAGCAAUGGAUGGAUCAGAAGGAGAAACAAAAUUUGGGUUGAAUGCGUAUGAAAACGGUGAUGCAAGUGAUGAAGAAGAAUCAUCCGAUGAAAAUCCUUCGGAUGAAGACUUGAAAAAAACAGAACAAAAAGAAGGAAAAACACAAACCAAAGGAAAUGAACCGCCAAAGAAUGAAAGAGUUCUUUCAGAAAAUAUCCAUAUUAAUGGUUCUGUUCAGAAGUCUCUCCAAGAUACCAUAGAAGAAGGAGGUUUGGAAACGAUCAUAAGCAGUUCUUCCGUAAAUCGAAGUUGGUCCGAUAAAGAAAGGGGAUCUGUAGAAUCGGACAUCAAUA